AUGGUAAAGCUGACUGACUUCGGUUUUUCAAAUUUGUUUGAACCUGGUCAGCAGCUACGCACUGCAUGUGGAUCGUUGGCUUACUCUGCUCCAGAAAUACUUCUUGGUGAUGCUUAUGACGCACCAGCUGUGGAUGUCUGGUCUUUGGGAGUAAUUUUGUUUAUGCUAGUAUGUGGGAGGUUGCCAUUCCAAGAGGCUAAUGAUUCUGAGACUUUAACUAAGAUCCUGGACUGUCGAUACACAAUUCCUGAACAUCUAUCUAACGCGUGUAAAAAUUUGAUCCAUCGUAUGUUGGUACGCGAUCCAACAAAACGGGCUGGGCUCGCUGAAAUUGUUUCGAAUCCAUGGGUGAUGGCAGGAGACCGCGGCCACGCUUCUAUGUUGCCACUAAUAGUGAAGCAUCAUUUGCCUCACUCUGCGCACACUACCAUCAUUGAGCAGAUGGUAGCAGGUGGCGUUGGAACGGAGGACGCUAUUUUAAAAGCUCUUGAGAAUGAUGACUACAACUCCAUGACAGCAACAUACUAUCUCUUAGCUGAGCGAAUCUUGGCCAGCUGUAGAGAAGAACAGGCAAAAGAGCUAAUGUCGAAAGAAGCAGAUCUAGUUCCUGAUGAGGAGCUGGUAGAAAGGUAUGCGUAUAGCCACGGUUGAUC